UGGAGGUUAUCCAGGGCUCUGCCCAGGCAGGGUCACCCGGCGCAGGUUACACAGGAUCGCAUCCGCCUGGGUCCUGAAUGUCUCCAGACAGCGAGACCCCACGACUUCACUGAUCAGCCUGUCCGGAGCUCUGCCACCCUCCAUCAAAAAAUGUGCUUCCUCGCGUUGAGGUGGAACUUCUUGUGUUUUAGUUGAUGGCUAUUGCUCCUCGUCCUGUCGCUGGGCGCCACCGAAAAGAGCCUUGGCACCAUCCUCUGGGCCUUUGAAACAUUUCUACAAAUUGAUCCGAUCCCCUCAGUGUUCUCCAGACUAAACACGUGUGCCGCAGUCUCUCAUAAGAGAGAUGCUCCAUAUCGCUCAUCAUCUUUGUGGCCUCCAGUGAAUGCUCUCCCGGUGCUUGUUCUUUCCCCGCCGGGGCUGUGCGGUGUUGGGAGCGAGGGAGCGCCCCGGGGAGGCGGCUGUGCCUCCAGCCUGCCCGCCGGGCCCCGCCGUGAGCCAGCUCUGCUCCUCCUCUCAUCUCCGCUGCCAUCCGCGGCCACUGUGCCGCUCUAGCUGAACAAUCUUCCUCAAUGCGUUCAGAUAAAUCAGUCCUGUGGAAGCCGAGGAAAACCAAAGUGCUGUGAACUUCUCUUUUAGCUCAAUGCAUUACACAUCACACCGCUAAUAAACUCACAGCGUAGUUCCAGGAUGUUUCCAACCAGGUACAUUGUGGUUCACCCCCGGCCCCCCAUUUUUCUUAAGUUAGGGCAGUAUUCUAAGGUCUCUGGGUGGUGUUUCUUUAAAAACAAAAAAUUGAUGGGAAGUCUUUAGGUGAGAGAGAUGCUUUGUUUUCACAAUAACACUGAUAUUUAUGGUUGAUGUGUGUGGAGGGAUAGAUUUAUGCUGACCAAAUGUAAUGGGACAGUUUCUUUCCAGUAUCUCAUGGGAGACGUUUUUAACCUUGUCUUUGCAAGGCACUAUCUCUCACUUCUGAAUCUCAGCUUGGGUUUUUUUUGUGUUAAAACAAACUAAAGUAACUUUGUAAGUCUAACCCAAUCUACUUGUGUAUCCUAGUUUAUAGUUUAUAGCCAGAGGUCAGCUUCUUACUGUAUUUGUUCUUUGGACAUGAUGCAUUUGGCUGGGGAAUGUGUUUAGUGCUGCAAUGCAAACAGUAACCACUUGAUACAAUUACUGAAGUGAAGCCCUUCAAAGCUCCUAUUUAUUUGAUAAGAUGUUUCAAUUUACUGCUAGGAACUUCAAUUUACAGUUUUUGAAUUGAUUUGUUAGUUAAGUUUUCAUGAAGCACUUUUUUCCCCCCUUGACACUGUUUCAAUGAAAUAUUUCUGUAAUAAAUGAAGCUGUAAUAUUAAAAAAAUAUUUUUUCCUUGCUCUUCUUUGCUGUCACUUAUAGCUGUCUUAAACUUCAGAUAAUGACAAAAUGUCCUCUAGAGGGAGAUCUUGUUGCUUUUAUGUGCUGAAAUGUUGGCCACCUUGUUCCAGUUAAAUGUCUGGAUCACUUAUCUUUGGAAGGCUCUGUGAUGAUCAAUGUGUGUAUCUUAAUCAUAAUUUUGGAGGAUUGCAGCACUGAGAUCUCUGGAGUCUGCUGUGUCUGGCCAUAAUGAGUUUGGUUGCUUAUGAAGAUUCAGACUCUGAGACAGAAACUGAGAAGACUGAAGCCCCUGAUGCUUCCGGCAGACAAACAAACCAGCUGAGUUCUUCUGUGAGUUGUGUUCAGCACUUUGCACCUGGUAGUACAAAAUCUACAUAUGAAAUACACCCUGCUGGGAGGACUGGCAGAUCUAGCAGGAGCAGGGUUUGUGAAGAUCCCCCUGAGCAUUAUGCACAGAAUAACAACACUGCCUUGGCACCUCCCUACUGUCAGAGGGUGUACUCUGGCCAUGCUGCAUUAUCUGUGGCUUACAAAAACUAUGAACAGGCUUCAAGCUCCUCAACAAAUUCUGGAAGUGGCGUUUCCCAGAAGAGAACACAUCAAGACAGCACUAGUACGGUAACAGGAAUUAGACCAUAUAUCCCUAAACGAUUGCGUCAAGAAAAUUCCAGUAAGCCUGAAAAGGAAGAAUCUGACCAGAGAGGUAGCUCAGAUUGUGAUGUUAAGUCAAGUGUAUCAGGAGAGCAGACUUUGAGAAAGAUCUCUGAAUUAAUUAAGCCAUAUUUGGGAUCUAAAUAUAAAGUAACUGAAGUUCCCAAAAGCUUAAUAUUUUACAUGUCUAAACACAGCGGCCCUGUUAAUGAAAUCCAGUGGUGUCCUGUACGGGAACAAAGUCACAUGCUUCUCUCAGCUUCUAUGGACAAAACAGUCAAGGUCUGGGAUGCUGUAGAUACAGGCUGCUGUCUGAAAACCUACUCCUGUCAUUCCUGUGCUGUUCGGGCUGCCCAGUGGUCAUCCUGUGGAAGAAGGAUCCUCAGUGGAGGCUUUGAUUCCAUGCUGCAUUUAACAGAUGUAGAAACAGGGAAGCAGAUAUUUAGCAGCAAAACAGAAUUUAGGAUCAGUGCACUGAAGUUCCACCCGACAGAGUCAAAUGUUUUCAUUUGUGGAGGGUUCAGUCCAGAAGUUAAAGCAUGGGAUUUAAGGACUUCUAAGGUGUUGAGAGUGUACAAAGCUGCAGUACAACAGACUCUGGAUAUACUUUUCCUCCCUGAAGGAAGAGAGUUUCUUACGAGCACGGAUGCAGUAAGCCGAGACUCAGCUGACCGCACCAUCGUUGCGUGGGACUUCCAAAGUGCUGCAAAAAUCUCCAAUCAGAUUUUUCAUGAGCGUUACACUUGCCCAAGUCUGACCCUGCACCCAAAGGAGUCUGUGUUUGUGGCUCAGACCAACGGGAACUACAUGGCUUUGUUUUCUGCCCAGCGACCCUACCGAAUCAACAAAAAGAAAAGAUACGAAGGACACAAGGUGGAAGGAUUUGCAGUGGGCUGUGAAUUUUCUCCAGAUGGAACUCUUUUGGUGACAGGAAGUUCAGAUGGCAAAGUGUUUUUCUACAACUAUCAUACUUCAAGGAUUAUUCGCACUUUGUCUGCACAUAAAGAAGCUUGUGUGAGUGCAAUAUUUCACCCAGUCUUGCCAUCACUCCUUGCAACAUGUGACUGGGCUGGAGAAAUCAAGAUAUGGCAAUAACAAGCAGAGUUACAUUUUAGGAUGUCUCUCUCCUGUUAGUCUGUCAAAGGCUUAGGAAAUAAGCCAGAGUAUGGAAUGUGAAAGUCUGUUGGGAUGUGUUGUAAGCAGGAGAGAGACUGUUGUCUUCUGUGACCUCUACAUUUAUGCUUUCAUAAUGCAGUUAAGAUGAUUUUGUGGUUGGCUUUUGAGCAAAGUGGUCCUACUGUCUCCCUCAACGCUGGAGACAAAUUUUUAACCCUUUUGUGUCAAUCUUCCGGUGCUCAUCCAGUCCCAUUCUACUUUGAGCAAGCACUUAAAUUUAAGAAAAUGAUUGCUCUUUUUAUGCAUCUUUUCAAUACAGCUUUCUUAGACCAGGGUUUAUCAUAGAAUCAUUUAGGUUGGAAAAGACUUUUAAAAUUGUUGACUCCAAGCUUUGACCCAGUACAGCCAUGUCCACCACUAAACCAUGUCCCAUAGUGCCACAUCUGCAAAUCUUUCAAAUACCUCCUAGGAUGGUGACUCCACCACUUCCCUGGGCAGCCUGUUCCAAUGCUUGACAACCCUUUGGCUGAGGAAGUUUUUUCUAUUAUCCAAUCUAAACCUCCUCUGUCACAAUAUGAGACUGUUUCCUCUUGUCCUCACCAAAAGCUGAGGACAUACUGUUUAACAGAUGAUGUUCAGAUCAGUUAAUACCUAUUCCAUCUUCCUGGGAUGUUUUUUCCCCACUUUUUUCAGCUAGUUUAGCUCCCUGACCUGAUCACUGGAGGGUUAGAGAAGCAACACUGUAGUUCAAGGCAAAACAGCUUCUAUGCACAAGAAGGGGGAAGGUCAGAGGGCAGGUGGGACUGCUUCUUCUGAUAAUGGAUAGUCUAUUAUCAGCUCAACUUACUGUAAAAUGCCUUCUGAGAGUUCCAGGGAAAGGUGUGAGAGAUAGCUUGAACCUAAUUUUGAACUCAGUACAUUGGUGUUUGAAAUCCUGAUGUUAAACUUGACUGUAUAAAAACAAAAUGAAACUAUGUAUAAACAUUUUAAGGAAAAAAUAAAC